GUGCAGGAAUUUGUUCUGUGGGGGGCCUGCCUGAUCGCGCUGCUCGAGGAGAUUGGGGUGCCCUCUCUUGAGACGGCGCGGUUCUGCAUGGACCCAGAGCGGGCGAAGGACUGCAUCGCAGGCCGCGCGCGCAACAACACAGUGAGGUCGCACGUGUGGGCCAUGGAAAUGAUGCGCAGAUGGCUCCUGCGCCCGCGCGGGGCCUCGUGGUCCGUGAAGGUUGUGCGAUUCAUCGGCUACGUGCACGCCGCGGCUUCUGAGCCGUCUGGACCGACGGUGCCCACCCAGACUUUGCGCGCCAUUGCGUGGGCGAAGCGCGCUGCAGGCGUGGACCAGGACGACAGACUCUCCACGCGACCAGAGGCACAACAGGUCGUCACAAACGUGGGGGUGCUCUCCGGGGUGGACAAGGGCCCGGCCACGAGGUACCUUCGCCGGGUGGCGUGGCUUCGCCUCGCCGAGGUGUGGGCAGUGCUGCACUGCGACGACCGCACCUGGCUCUCGCCGCAGCGCCUCGCCAUCGCGGACGGCGGGCUGGCGGCCGCGCUGGGGCGCGCGAGGACUACCGGAAUGUGCUGCAAGAAGCCGGAGCUGCCGCUCGUGGCAUCCCGCGAAUGCUACAUGUUGGGCCCAGCAUGGAGUCUGACGGGCUUCGACGUGCGGAAGGAGGUCGCGGAUUUCGACAGGGGCCGUUUCCUGCCGCGGCGUGGCGACGCGGGGCAGAAGGUGGUCCAGGAGCCCGCUGGGCGCGCAGAAGCGGCGGCCGCGGAAAAGGCGGGGCACCAGAGGAUUCCGACGCCGGCGGCGUGCGCGGGCGAGGAUGUCGAGCUCUUC